AUGAGUGCAGUGCUAGCAACGAUUUUGAUUAUUUCGAUUAUUUUCAUACUAUAUGGGGAAUUACGAAAAUGGUUUGUCAAAAGAAAAAUACGGAAUUUUGAAUCACCGAGACAAUUGCCCAUGUUGGGUGUAGCUGCCCGGUUCAUCGGAAAGCCAAAUGAAGACAUUAUAGAUAUAGUAUUUGAUAUAUUUGAUGAAGUAAAAUCGACGCCGAUCCAAGUGUGGUUGGGUCCGUUUUUAAUGAUUGGCAUAUCUGAACCGCCAGACAUUGAAACCAUUUUAACAAGCGAUGAUUGCCUGAAUAAGCCGUAUUUUUACGAACACGCGAAAUGUAAAACUUCGCUCAUCGCAACCAAUCGGGAAAUUUGGAAGCCACAUCGUCGUGCGCUGAACACAGCAUUUAAUUUGAAAAUGUUGCAAAGUUAUGUGCCAUUAUUAAAUCACAAAUCACGCAUUCUAAUCGAACAAAUGGAGCCGUUUCUUCAAGAGCCAGGUGAUAUAUAUCGAAUGAUCUACAUUGGAAUGAUUGAUAUGGUUACUAAAACAACAAUGGGAACAGAAAUGAAUUUACAGCUGAACGGACGCGGUGCAUAUUUAUACAACAUUGCAAAAUUAAUCAUGAAUAAUAUUCAGUACCGAAUCACAAGAUUUUGGUUUCGAUGGGAUUUCAUGUGGAAUAUAUCGAAAGUUGGCCACGACGAAAAGAUUCCGUUGAAAAAUGGCUACGGUUUCAUUGAUGAAUUAUAUGAAAAAAGAGUGAAUGAGUUGCAAUCGUUGAAAUUGCAAGGAAUUGACUAUUUAGAGGAAGUCAAAGAGAAGAAUGCAACAAAUUUUCUCGACAAAUGCCUGAUUUUGGAACAAGAAGGAGUAUUCAGUCAUGAAAAUGUUUUGGAUCAAAUGCGUUUGAUCGUUUUAGCUGGCAUGGAUACAUCAGCAAUAGCUGUAUUUGGCACUUUACUAUUGUUAGCCAUGAAUCAAAAGCAUCAGGAUUUGGUGGUGGAGGAACUGCGAUCGAUUUUCGAUUCAGCCGAUUCGGAUGUGACACAAGACGAUUUAUCUCGAAUGCAGUACUUGGAACGUGUGAUUAAAGAAUCACUUCGAUUACUCUCACCAACACCAUUCAUUGUUCGUAAACCAUCCGCCAAUAUUGAAUUGGCUAAAGGAAUUAUUCCUCGAGGUGCAUUUGUUGUAAUUAAUAUCUUGCAUUUACAUCGAAAUCCAAAGAUUUGGGGUGAAAACGCGCUUGAAUUUGAUCCAGAUCGAUUUUUACCCGGAAACAUUGCAAAACGACCACCAUUUAGUUACAUCCCAUUUUCAGGCGGAGCCAGAAAUUGUAUCGCAUUAAAAUACGCAAUGAUAUCGGCCAAAAUCACUAUCGCCCAUUUGCUGCGGAGAUACAAAUUCAUCACGAAUUUGAAGUUUGAGGAUAUUCGUGUGAAGGCACACCUCGUGUUGGAAGUAAUCAAUGAAAAACCGCUUCGAAUGGAAGAACGUAAUUUUUAGAAGGGACACAAAUUUAUUGUAGUUCGUUUUCAUAUUCGAAGUUGUAUUGCGUCUUAUAAAAUAUAUA